AUGGCACCAAUCUAUAAGUUCGCAGUUAUUCAACUCUACCCAAAGCCAUUGGCUGCAGAAGCAAACCAUGAAAAAGCUGUCAGUUUUAUUCGAGAGGCUGCAUCACAGUCAUGCACACUCGCUGUAUUGCCAGAAUACCAUCUUACAAAUUGGCUGCCUGAUGACCCUAAGUUUGCAUCCGUCUGCGCUCAAUCGCAAAAGUAUCUCGAUGCAUAUGUCGCCCUUGCUAAAGAAUUGAAUAUCAAUAUUGUUCCUGGCACAAUUGUCGAGAAACAUGAUGAUGAACUACAUAAUGUAGCAUACUUCAUAUCGAAUACUGGAGAGAUCCUUGGUCGAUAUCAAAAGAAAAAUCUCUGGCAUCCGGAAAGACCGCAUCUCACAUCAUCUCUUCACGAACCCCAUGUAGCAUUCGACAGUCCCAUCGGCAAAGUUGGCAUGCUAAUCUGUUGGGAUUUGGCAUUUCCAGAAGCCUUUCGCGAGCUCAUCGUGGGAGGUGCAAAGACAAUCAUUAUUCCAACUUUCUGGAAUCUCUCGGAUUGUAAUGAGGCUGGAUUGCGUCAUAACCCUCAAGCGGAGGCUUUAUUCCUCGAGAGCACUCUUGUCAGUCGAUGUUUUGAGAAUACAUGUAUGGUUGUGUUUGCGAACGCUGGGGGGCCGCAGGGUAAAGUCACCAAAGGGACUUAUGCGGGUUUAAGUCAGGUUGCUGUUCCGUUCAAAGGUGCUUUGGGUAAGAUGGGUGCCGAGGAGGGUAUGAGUGUUGUGGAAGUCGAUAUGGAGAUAUUGGAGCAGGCGGAAGAUAACUAUAAAGUCCGGGCUGAUAUGCAGAAAGAGAGUUGGCACUAUGAGUACACGAUCCGACGUGAUGCGGGGGAUGAGAAGAGCAGAUUGUAA